UAGUACCGUUUUAUGUGUGUAAUUAGGCCAAAAAGCAACCAGUACUGAAUAGGUUCAGUUUGUAGCAAUAAUAUGCAGUGAUUGGAUCGGUUUUGGCUAUGGAGUUAUGAUCAAUGUACUAAGAAGGGCAAAACGAAUCGAAUUUUUUGUUUGAACGGAACAUUAAUAUAAAAUUGGUGGCAAUGAAAAAUUUUAUUUGUUUUUUGUUUUUUAUAUUUGGAUCUAUCAAUUCAGGUUUGUGUCUAAGAUGUUAUGAAUGUGUCUCAAGACUGGGUCCAGGAGAGUCAGAUCCCUGCCUUAACGGAGAUCGUAACCAGCUGCGACGAGUGCUGUGUAUUGGUCCAUCCGUAUGUGCUUCCUACCAUUACCAAAGUACAAUACCUGGUACUCCAACUAUUAACCAUAUAACAAGAGGCUGUCAAUCACUCCGCUAUGGAGGCAGCUGCGAAGAUAUUUUCAACGACUUGAGAUCCAAAGGGGAGGUUUUGCCAGGUCAACACACGUGCGCAACAUGCAGCGGUGAUCUCUGUAAUGCUACGAACUCAUUUAAAGCUCUAUUUUCUUUGAUUUUAGUUUGUACUUUAAGUGGAAUAGUGUCAUAUACCCUAUAGUAUUUUAUUGUUAAGAACAUACAAGACCAUAGAAGGUCUUGGAGUAUAGAAGGAAUAUAGAACGAAAAGUAAGAAAAAGUCGUAGAGUUUGUUAUUACUUCAUGUUAAUCUACAGUUUUUAAAAAACAUACAUCGUUUUUUAUAAUUGAUUUAAUCUACAGUUUUGUGUAUAAUCUUUAUUUAAGGGCAUAAUAAUAAGAAUUUUUUUAAGAGUUGCACACUCUAGCAGGGUGUUCAAUAAUAGAUGAUUCCAGUUUUAAUAUUUAUCGUCAUAUUCUGUAAGGGGCCGUUCAAAAAUCGUGUUACGUAAUACUUGAACACUUGCUAAUGCUGUUGUACUGCCUUUAUAUUUUUUCAGUUAUCCUUUGCUAUACAGACCCAGAGCAUAGUGGGACAGUAUCGUAUGCCUUUACCAGAUAUAUAAAGACUAUAUAGGGUGAGGCAGAUAACUGGCCUAUUAGAAAUAUCUCGAGAACUAAAGGCAACAGAAUCAUGAAAAUUGGAGUAAAGAAGUUUUGAAGGAUGAUCUAUUAAAUGAAAUUAUUUUUACCUCUUUGCAACUUCCGGUUAUACCGGAAGUUGCUUAUAACUUCGUUUUUUUAAAUGGGACACCCUGUAUAUCUUUACAUUUUUGGAUUCUCUUCGAUGUCUUCUUUCUUAAAAUAUGAGGUUUUGUAAUAUUAU